AGAGCCAAUCAGACGGCGUUCCGAAUGACAGCUGACCAGUAGGAAGGGCUGUCGCUUCUCUUUCUCGGUCUUUUACAAAGGCGGUGUCGGUUUCGGCGAAUGGGAGGGGGGGCGUGUCGCUUCAGGAGCGUCAACGAUUCAACAUGGAGGCGGCGGUUAACAGUCUCGAGGCUAUGUUCCAGGUGGCUGAAUCGGAUCUGGACAACAUUCAGAGUGUGUUGGAAUAUGAAACGAUGAAAGGGAUUCCUGGCGAAUUGUCUCAAGAGUACCAGGAAAAUCCUCUGGCUCUCAUCCAGCAGCUGUCGGUAAUGAAGUCGCGUUACAGAACGUUGUGUGAGUGGCUAGACAGGAUUUCCGCAGAGCAGCAGGAGUCGAUGCGUUCCAUCAGUGCGACCCUCAAUAAAACACUGAGGCUAGUUCAGAAGAUACAGCAGCAUGCCGGGAUUGAGACCUUGCCUCUAUCUGAAGAGCAGCAGCUUGCAAUGCAGCAGUUAAAAUGCUAAGCGUUUCAAAAGACAGACGCUCUGUCAAAACAGAAAUGUCUGAAAGAAUAACAAAUCCACUGAUUCCGGAAGAACCUGGCUGGAUUUUAAGCAGCCAGAAAAGAUUGUGAUGCUUUCAGAUUUGCACAUGUUGAUCUUUGGUAUCCAGCUUUUCUGUACAUAGUUCCAAAACUCUUUGCUGGCAGCGAAGAUCGCUGCGGUGUAAGUUAAUACGUGCCUGUCAUCGUGAUAUUGUGUAACGUUUUGAAAAUGGGUAACUCUCAAACUGGUGAUAUUUUUAUGUUGGAAGCUGUUACAGACAUUUUCCAAUAGUGGUAAUCUGCUGCAUCAUGAUGAUGUGAACUCCAAGUUGCAUGUGUACAUAAUUUAUUUUGCAAGUCUUAUUUCAUGCCUUAAAAUGGAUUAAGUCAGAAAAAAUGGCUCUUCUUUUUGAAUUACUAGCUCCAUGGUAGGAUCUUCUGCUUGAUCAGUGGAAAUAAGUUGUGGUUUGACAGCUUUGACUGUUUCAUGGUUUUGCUUCCACUUGUGACAGAUUCCAUAUGGCCCACGUUCUAGAGUUUCAUGAAUAGAAGCAAUUUGGAGCUGGGCUUGGUGAGUUGCACUUAAAUCAGCCAAUAUAUUUAUAGACUACCUUGCCCACAUCUUUGUUGCUGUAAAAUAAUGACAUGUGUUAAACACUACACAUCCUCAGAAAUGACAAGAUGGGACAUGCCCUAAAAUAAAGCUUCCCUUAGCAGUAAAAGAUCACACAAACAUUUUUUUAAAAGCUUUUCUUUUUUCCCUACAAUGGUUCAUUCAAACAAACAUGAAUUUUACCUGCUUCUACCAGUGUCAUCCAAGUCAUAGCUUGUGAACUCAAGGAAAAAAUGAAACGGUUAUGACUUUCAAAUUUUUAUAGUGCCAGUUAAGGCAGACAUGCAAAACACUUUUUAAAAAGUUUCUUAAAGAUUAUAGAAGGUUAGAACUGGUAUCUUUCCAUUGGUAUGUGAGAAUAAAAGGCUGAUUCUUACUACUUAA